UCUGGCGGGGCCGACGUAGGAGUCCGCCUCGACUGCAGCCCCCGAGUGUCGCCCCCACGUGCAUAGAGCCCCUGGGUGUGAGCCCCCAAGGCCUCCGAUGCAGCAGCGCGCGCGCGCAGGGAGAAAGCAAGACCGCUCGGGCCCCCUCGAUUCGACCACGCCAAUUCUGCUGCUUCUUUCGGAAUGCCAUCGUGGCACCGACGUGCCGCGCAAAUGAACCCCCGCGUGGGGCGGGGCCUCCUCUGGCAGCACCCGAGAAGAGGAACCCGGUGGCCACCCGAGCAUUCGGAAGGCUCUGGAUCGCUCAACCUGCCCCGACACCCGGACGCCGAGGGAGAGGACCACGGCAGCACAGCCAGCGCUCCGUGCCCGCCCGAGGGCCCCGGGGCCCUCGCGGGCCGCGAGGGCUCGCCAGACCUGGCAGAGGAGGCGCAGGGCGAUGGCUCUGGUCGCGAUCUCGUGAUUGUUUCCACGACGCGAGCAUGUCUGGGCUUCCUGCAUGCAACAGGAGGCAUGUACAGGGAAGGCCAGUGCCCAGAGGAAAGAAAGGGCGGGCCCCGGGGCAGCGUGCGCUUCCGGCGCGUCGGAGCGGCCCCAAAGACUUUGACCCAAGCUCUGCAUCGCGGGGGGUCGAGCCCCAAGAUCCUCCCAGUCUGCGAUGCAGAAAGCCUGGGCGAGAACAGAGCCCCCCCAGUCUGCCUCACCUCUGUACAGAGGAGCGCCACGGCGUCGCAACGUUGCCGUCUCCAGGCGACGAGGGGCAGAACUGCAGCUUAAUCCUGCACCCUCUCGCCCUUCUGGGGGUGAGAACGGCACCUGUACAGCUGCGACGCCGGCGUCUAGAGAAGCAAACAGGGAUGCUCAGACUACUGCGCGGAGCGAGCGGGAGGUCAUGCGCGUGAGGUAGACAUGGCAGAAAUUUGAACACGCGAACUCUGCACGGCGAAAAAAGCGUGCCCUGUGCCGCGAACUCCAGGCGCGUCGCUGCGGUGCGCCUGCGCUUUGGAUGCGCGCCGUAGCCUGUUCCCGGCCGGCACGCGCGCAUACGCACCAUCGCGUCGCUCCCAAGAGAUAGCAACAAGAGCGGGGGCGAAGCUGCACAUGGCCGUCCUUUCUCUGCGCGUUCUUAGCUGCCUCUGGCGCCCCGUACUGGGACCUGAGGCAGAGCGACCGAUCAACUCAGACCAUGGUCGCGCAAAGCCCACUCCACCGUCCUAGUAGCAGGAAGUGGCUAGCAGUGGCGAAUGGUAAAGCAUGCGGACGCGCUCCAUUACGAGCCAUAGCAACGUUGGCGCGUCACCCCCAUCCUUCCCCUUGCACGCCGUACGCAAAGC